CAGUCACAAACAUGGCACAAGCAUUUUCAAAAUAAUGUUGGGGUACCCAUAAAUACAACCAUUCAAUAAAGCUAUGGGUAGUUUCUGUAUACUGAAAACUAGAGGAGUGAAGCAGCAAUUUUUAUCAAAAUAGUUGAAAGACAACACAACACUGUCAAUAAAACAUUCUAUUUUCAUUUUUGUGUUCGUUGUUCAGCUGCCAUUUUACAUUUCACAGGGCGCGCGAGUUUGGUUCUUCCGUUAGAUUCGUUUAACUGGCGAUGGCGAGCUCUCUGCAACGCUUAUCGAGCCAUGCUCGUCUUCUCCGAACAUCGGUUGCCUCAGGGUCCAGACCAUUCUCGGCCGACGCUUUGGUUGAGUACAUGCCCGGCGAGAUCGGGAAGGUCUCUGGCAUUCCAGACGAGCAUCUUCGCAGGAGGGUUGUAAUAUAUUCACCUGCAAGAACUGCGAGUCAGCAAGGAUCAGGGAAAGUUGGGAAGUGGAAAAUCAACUUUGUGUCCACACAAAAGUGGGAGAAUCCAUUGAUGGGCUGGACUUCAACUGGUGACCCAUAUGCCCAUGUUGGCGAUUCAACACUGGGUUUUGACAGCGAAGAAGCUGCAAAGUCCUUUGCAGAGAGACAUGGUUGGGAUUACGUGGUUAAAAAGCAGCAAACGCCAUUAUUGAGGGUGAAGGCAUAUGCAGACAACUUCAAGUUUAAGGGCCUCCCUAAAACUGAGGAGGCUUGAUUUUGUUUCGAUGGUUUUGUUUCUUGGUUCUGUCUCAAGAGGGAAAUUGUGCAACAGAACUUGCAGUUUCCUCUGUCAUAUUUCAUUGAACAAGUCACUUGAUCCAAAUGAAACUCUUUGAUUAUGAUAAUAAACGGGAUUCAUGCUGUAAAGUAUCUCUGCCUGUUAGAUGACGUUACAUAUGUAUUCCCUGCAUCCAUCGAUUGUUUUUUUAUUAUACAAUUUUCGUAUUCCUGCAUCGUAU